UCCACUUUUUCUUCGAAGAUGAUUCCGAUUCUCCCACCCACUGUAACGUCUCAACCAUUAAUGGCUUUCUAGCCGUUACAAUCCCCCACAAUAAUCUAUUCCCUUCCACCUUCCCUCCUAUAAAUUCCUCCUCCAUCGUUUUCCUUUUCAUCAUCGCCUUUUCAGAUCUGUUCAACUUUCCUUCAAUAUUCUCUGAUCGCAGCACAACAGAGCACAAUCAAUGGCGAAAUCAGCUACUCUCUCCUUUUUGCUUCUAUUCCUCUCCUUCCUUUCAGGACGUGAUUUGCUGGCGGUAAAUGCACAGAAAACUUGGUGCAUUCCGAAGCCUUCGUCGGAUCAAGCGACGUUGUUGGCGAAUAUCAAUUUCGCUUGUUCACAGGUAGAUUGCAGAAUAAUGCAAAAAGGAUGCCCCUGUUCUUAUCCUGAUACUUUGAUCAACCGUGCCGCCAUAGCUAUGAGUUUAUAUUACAACUCCAAGGGGAAGAAUCAAUGGAAUUGCGACUUCAGAGGCUCUGGUCUCAUUGUCAUCACUGAUCCAAGUUAUGGGAACUGUAUUUACCCUUGAAUUGAAGUAUAGGAGGCAAGGCAAUGAAUUACUUUUGCUCAAAAGCAAAUUCUAUUAGUUAUAAAGUGAUUUUUAGCAUAAAGUUAUAUGUAUUGUUUUUCAAAAUUAAAGUUGUGAUGUAAGUGGGAAGAGAUAUACAUUGAAGUUCUCUAGAAAAAUAGAAAUUUUAAAGAAAAAUAAAAUAAAAUAUAGAUAUUGAAUCUUUGUUCUAUUUCAACUACGUUGUUCAUGUGUGUGUUUUUUUAAAAAGGGAUUAAACAAUUUUUUUAAUUGUAAUAUCUAUUACUUA